AUGGCUGAGGAGAAAUGCAAUAUGGAAACUGAAACGAAAGACUCUAAUGCUCCAUCUGUGGUAGAAAUAAAGAAGCAGAGGGGUAUUGUUUCUCAUAUUUGGAACAGUAUCUUUAGACUUAGGAGGGAUGAUUUUGAGAAGAGAUUGCAAUACAUUUCUAAGGAAGAAGCUGCAGUUCUUGCCAGAUUGCAAAGGCGAUCACAGACUUGGAGGAGGAUGACUAAGCAUCUUAUCAUAUUCACUGUCAUUUUUGAGGUUAUUGCAGUUGGUUAUGCCAUCAUGACAACAAGAUCAAUGGACUUAAAUUGGAAAAUGAGGGCAUUUCGAGUUUUGCCGAUGUUCCUUUUGCCUGGUUUAUCUUCUCUUGCAUAUUCGGCAUUUGUAAGCUUUACAAGGAUGUGUGAUCACAAGGACCAGAAAACUCUGGAAAGGCUUCAGGCGGAGAGGCAAGCAAAAAUUGAUGAACUUAAAGAGAGGACUAACUAUUAUACCACUCAACAGCUCAUUCAGAGAUACGAUCCUGACCCAGAAGCAAAUGCUGCUGCUGCAACUGUCCUGGCAUCUAAGCUGGGUACAGAUUCAGGCUUGAAAAAAGUGUAUGUGGGGAAUGAAUCUAAACUCAAUGUUCUAAUAGGUAAGAGCAAUGAUGUCGAGGUUGUGCAAUCUAGCGGUCUUCGUAAGCGAAAGCAAUCACUCACAAGAUCAAAUAAUGCGGGUAGCAAUCCAUUGCAUCAUCCUGAUGAGGAAACCCCCCAUUCCAUCGAGACUGAAGGUCCUCAAACAUCUGGUUAUAGUCAACUGGUUGUCAAUCAUCAUGAUCCUCAGGGGUCUACCUUGAAUAACGGAGGAUGGAUUGCUCGAGUUGCAGCAUUACUUGUAGGGGAGGAUCCUACACAAUCUUAUGCUCUGAUAUGCGCCAACUGCCACAUGCAUAAUGGACUUGCCAGGAAGGAGGAUUUCCCAUAUAUUACUUAUUACUGCCCACACUGCCAUGCCCUAAACAAGCCAAAAGAAUCAAAAGAGUUUGUUUCUAGCUCGCCUAAUACGAGCACCUUGACAACGGAUUCGAUCAUCAGUGCCAGUAGUUCGGUGAGGGAGAGCGAGGAAGUUGCAAAGGUAUUGGCUUUCACUUUGGGGGUUGUUAGGGUCGAAUUCAUAGCGGUUUUCCUUCUUGGGUGUUUGAUAUUGGCUUCUAAUUUUUCUGGUUUGGGGAUUUAA